GAUUAUCUGUCAGUGCACUUCACUGGGUGCAGUACGUACUGUAUACUGUAUUGUGUGUGUGUGCAUCGUGCUCUGUCUGUACGGAGGAUUGCGUAGAAAGAGAAAAGAGGCGCUUGUCUAACUUCUUACUAUUAGCUCCACCCAACUGAAAGCCUGGAUUUGGAUAGCUUUCAUCAAACAACACAACAACACUCAUUUCGCAACCUCUCAACUGUCAACUGUCAAUUUCCAUCCAACUUUAGUACCUCAAUACACUUCCCGAGUAAAUCAACCAUGGCAGAAUCAGAUCUGGCCCCAAAGUUCGCCCCCUUCUUUGGAAUGGCUGGUAUCGCCUUUGCGAUGACUUUCGGAUGUAUCGGUGCCGCAUAUGGCACGGCAAAGUCUGGUAUCGGAAUCGCAGGUGUUGGUACUUUUAGACCUGACUUGAUCAUGAAGUCACUCAUCCCUGUGGUCAUGUCUGGUAUCAUUGCAGUCUACUCUCUCGUCAUCGCCGUCCUUAUAGCUGGAGAUAUGGGACCUCCUCCUGGCCAGAGUUACAGUUUAUUCAAUGGAUUCAUGCAUUUGGCAUGUGGUUUAUCGGUUGGAUUAACGGGCCUGGCCGCUGGCUAUGCAAUUGGCGUAGUUGGUGAUAUGGGUGUUCGAUCAUACAUGCAACAAUCACGAAUCUUUGUUGGAAUGGUCUUGAUAUUGAUUUUCGGCGAAGUCCUGGGACUAUACGGCUUAAUUGUCGCACUCAUUCUCAAUACCAAGAGCAGGGGUUAGAGAUUCAUUACCAGAAGUAAAUACUCUUUUCCGGUCAUACGACAACAUUAUUUGAUUAGAUAUGAGGUGAUGGCAUUGCUUGGAGUUUGGGUCGUGUAUAGUUUGUAACAAACAUGCCGCAAAUGUUUGAGAAUCGAUCACUGUGUACAACACCUUCGAAAACAAGCGCGAUUAUAAUCUAUCAACAAUCGGGCGGCGAAUUCGCGCUUCACAAAUUCUACUUGUCACACUUGCCUGAUCUCCGUUCAGUAUGCAUGCGCAAAAGAUAUCUCUCGCGCAGCAUACAAAUUCCACAGACUCAGAGGGGUUAUUCCAUUUCUAGUCAGGUGGGGUUUCCAUCAAGUUCUGUGUGGUUGUACACCAUCUUUAUCAAACAUUGUAUACUAUUCAAACCUUAUCAUUUCUUCUUGGUACACAUUUCCAACUGAUAGGGCCCGUCGGUGUUUCUUUGUGUUCUCUCGUGUAUUGUUCUACGUUGCCAGGCUAUCUCUUUCCGGGACUAGAUACCAUUUUGAUGAUGUCGAUGCACCUUACCUAGCAAUUUUUAUUCUAGUUGGGCGCCUAGUCGCAGAACAUGAGCAAGGCUUGAGUGCUGCAGCUAUCUGCGUUCAAAGGGGAUACUAUGAAGGUGUAGAAAGCACUGCCUGCCUUGCCUGUCCGGUCGUCGUUGAGAGGAGCGGUAGGAGAUAGAAAAAUGCAUGUAAUGUCAACUUUAUAUAUCUCCGAUCAAUCUUUCAAGGUCUUUUCGUGAAGGUGGUGACCAUGCAUGAUAUCCAACUCCAAAGCCAAAAACGAGAACUUGAUUUUGCAACGAAGAUGAACCAGGUUGACCUAAAGAUUUAACUCGGAACAACCGUGAUUACUCUGAAUAGAAACCCAACCUCUUUUUGAGUGUUAAGCUCAACUUGAAUGUUGCGUCAAACUAAUAAUGUACAGUCCACGAGUAUUAACCGUCUAUCAUCAAAUAAAUUCAAU